AUGAGUAAUGAAGCUCUUAAACUUCAUCCUGGCCAAUCGAUCGAGCGAUGGGCGAUCGAGAAGAAGUUAGGAGAAGGAGCUUUUGGUGCGGUUUAUCAAGUCAGAGAUCCGACUGGCUGUUAUGCCUUGAAAGUUGAAAGUGCACAUGCUAAAUACCAAACUCUGAAAAUGGAAGUCCAUGUUUUAACUGAGCUAUCGAACAAGAAUAACCGUCAUUUCGUGCGGAUUAUGGAUCGCGGAAGGUUCGGCGCUUUCAACUUUGUCGUUAUGACUCUAGUCGGCAAAUCUCUUCAUGAUUUGAGAAAAGAGAGCCCAUCACAACAUUUUUCUCUACCAUGCGCAAUCGGAGUGGGCAUACAGACUUUAGAAGCAGUUCAAGACCUACAUGAGAUUGGCUACUUGCACAGAGAUUUGAAACCUGCCAACUAUUCUAUUGGGCGUGCUGAAAACGGCGAAAUUCGUAAAAUUUAUGUACUAGACUUUGGAAUGUGCCGCAAAUUCAUAAGUGAUGAUGGAAUCAUACGAAGACCACGAUCUCAAGCAGGGUUCAGAGGAACAGCUCGUUAUGCUUCGUUAGCAUGUCAUUUGAAUCAAGACUUGUCUAGAAAAGAUGAUGUUGAGAAUUGGCUCUACAUGCAAAUUGAGAUGACCAUAGGUCGCGUUCCAUGGAAACAUACCAAUGAUAUUGGCCAGAUCGGAGAGUAUAAGAAACGUUGCCGCCACCCUCCAGGAAUAAAUGAUUUGUUUCCCCCUAACUGUCCUCAAGAGUAUAGAACAAUCAUGACUAUGCUCGAUGAAACCGAUUACUACGGGACUCCACCUUACGAAAGUAUUUAUCAGAUUCUCCGAAAUAUUCUUGCUCGAACAGGAAGACAAGAGUUUCCGUACGACUGGGAAAGAUAG